AUGUCCAAAAUAUCCAGCCAGGUCGAACCCACCAUCGUUACCGCCGUCGAGACUGCACCUACAGCUUCUUCCUCGUCUGAACUAUCUCCUACCGACAACACUGCCACUCUGAGACGCGGUUCUCGUCAAGCUCCUCCAGAGAGCCUCAACUUGAGCUCGUCGAGCAAGCUCGCUCCUCCAACUUCCGAAAGACAAGACUUCCCAUCUCCCGGUGCCGCUCCUGCAGGCCAACGGAUUUUUGACGCAAACGCUGUCGCCGAAGACAAGGGUGUUGAGACUGUUCCUGGAGGCUGGGCCAAGGGUGUCGAACAACAAGAUGUGGUCGCAGAGGAAUACGAAAAGCAAGACGAUCCUUCGCUUAAAUCUUCGCCGAGCUUGAAGCAGAAGGUCAAGGAUUUCCUUCAUCGCGAUUAG